AUGCUGUCCAGAGAUUUUCAGAGGGAUGCUGACGCAAGUAUGGUGUUGCCAUCUUCCGCAACGUUUUGCCGCCAGAGGUGAGUAUUCCCCUGUGUUUUCGAUGUUCCUGGUCCUCCUAUGCUUGCAUCGGGCGAAUUUGGUGCCUUUUAUUUGCUGCCGUAGUGGAAUUUAUCACAAAGCUCCUGGCCUUAGCCUAAUACACAGCACAUCCACAGCCUCCCGUCUCCCUUAAAGGGGGCACGCGCCACUAUGUCCUUAAAGUGGUAACAUUUUCAAAAGUGACUCUUAAAGUGACAAGCUCGCUGAAAGUCUUUUUCUGUUUCUAAUUUAGAAUUUUUUCUGGGACUGCUGCCAAUUCCCUUUCCUGGAGGAACUGAGGUAUUUUCACCAGUCUUUUUCCUCCUCUCAUGUACAUUUAAGCAAAAGUAUCUUAUCCAUAAACUUAAUCUGCUUUGUUUUCAUUAUUCUACUUGUUUUUAUGGCUUCUCCCUCUGCCUCUUACCACUUGAGUUUAAAAAAUAAAAUAAAAAUGAGUUAUUAUUAUUAUAUUAUUAUGAUAUUUAUAGAGCGCCGUCAAAUUCCGCAGCGCUUUACAACGGGUGGACGAACAGACAUGUAGUUGUAACCAGACAAGUUGGACACACAGGUACAGAGGGGUUGAGGGCCCUGCUCAAUGAGCUUACAUGCUAGAGGGAGUGGGGUAAAAUGACACAAAAAGGUAAGGAUAGUAUUAAUGCUAAUUUAAUGUUAAUUUAAUUUAAGAGUUAAUGCUAAUUUAAAUCUUGGGGAUUAAAACAGUGCCAACUGGUCCCAUCAUUUUAUGUAUUUAUAGCCUUGUUUUAAAGCCCAAGCAUGAGCUGGGAAAGAUCACUGAGGAGGUUUAAGGAUGGAUCCAGCUGCUGUUUGGGCUGCAGUAAAAUUGCACCGGAGGAGUGAACUUUGUGCAUUAACUGCAUGAUGGAAGUAGUGGAAUCCAAUAAGAAUUUCCCUCAAAGAAGAACUAAAAUUAAUGGAUAAAGCCCAUAGAGAAAUAAAUCUUCCUUAUCGGAGACACUCAGAUAUCAGAACAGAGAUAAAAAAAAUAUGAAAUCUAACCAAUCCUUAAUCAUCAAAGUCCACCUUUCCAGUACAUCCAACUAUUAUAGAUAUGAUUUAUGAAGAAUUGGGAAAACCGGAGAAAAAUCCACAAAAAUCCACAUUAAAGAAUAAGACUUCGAUGAUUCAUCCCUUUGCUAUCAAAGACUGUAAAUCCUGAACAUCUACCAACAAAAAAUAGACACAGCAAUCAUUAAGAUAGCCAAAAUCUCCACUCUUCCCAUAGACUCCAUGGCAUAUUGGAGAGACCCUAUGGAGAAAAGACUGGUUGCCAGUCUAAUCAAGGCAUAUUUGUCCCUAGGUUCAGCUCUUCACCUGGCAUUGCCCUAACAACUCUAUCCAGAGUCCAUUAAAGUCUGAUUGGACAACCUACCUGGAAGAGGAGUAAGAAGAGAACAACCUACUGAUAACCUCAGAGAUUUUAAGUUAGCUAUGGUAUUCAGGUAGCUGACAGCUUUGGAUAUAACAGGGAUGUUGCUAAGAACAUGGGAUUUUCUGUAGCCUAUAGAAGAGCUCUUUGGCGUCAUUCAUGCGGAGCAUAUUAUGCGUCUAAAGCUUCCCUAUGCUCCUUGUCUUUUCAGGAUGACCUUCUUUUCAGAAAAGUCUUGGAUGAAUCUGCUGACAGCAAGAAAACAUUUCUUCCUCAAGGUAAAAGAGGAUCUUACUUGUCAUCUUGGAGAGACAAGAGAUUUUGUGAUCGAUCCUUUUGAGAAAAUAGAACCUACGGUCCUGGAAAAUAAUUCUUAA